AUGAAGUCUGCAUUCGAAGAACGGUUCGAGAACGAUGGCAAGGGGGCGGCGGCAGCCCCAGGGUCAAGCUAUGUCCCCGACUCACCUGAAGAAGGAGCCAUGCUGCGCAAGAUUGACCUGCAUCUCCUGCCAAUGUUGUGGAUCAUGUACGUGUUCAACUAUGUGGAUAGGACCAAUAUCGGAAAUGCGAAAACGGGAGGGAUGCAGGAUCAACUCCAUCUCAGCUCGUCGGACUAUAGUCUGGUUCUGUCCAUCUUUUUCAGAGUGAGAGCGGUAGUGUGGGACGCUGCUCAACUCCCAGGGCUACCUCCUCAAGGAAGUACCUUGCAACAUGAUCUUGGCACGGAGCCGACCUUCCAUCUUUCUUCCCCUAACAUGUUCAUCUGGGGGUGCAUGAGCAUCGGCGUGCGUGGAGUGAACAGUCUCGCCGGGAUCGUCAUUGUCAAGAACAGACCUAUCCGGCUCGAGGGUCCUACUUGA